CCUUCUAGGCCACGCCCCACCGCGUGGCGCUGCGCGGUUCGUGCCGCCCACGGAGCCGGGACCAUGGAGGGGCCGAGCGGGGCCGCCCGGAGCGCGGGCUCCCCCAGGCCCACCGAGCCCAGCCCCACGGAGCCGCCCACCUCGGACCAGACCGCGCUGGAGAAGAUGCCCUCCUGCCCUACCCCCGUCUCUGCCACGCCUUGGGUCCUGGGUCGCCCCUCGGCCGGGGCCCUCUCCUCCAUCACCGUGCCCGUCCGGCUGGACGCCCUCGCCUGCCUGCUCAACAGCGCCCUCCUGGGGGCCUACUCAGCCUUGCCACAGGCGCCCCUCUCCAGCGGUCGCGGGGCGUUGGCCACGGGCCAGGGCGGGCCUCCCCAGCAUGCCCCGGGCUGCGGGUGCCAGCCACGUUACUGCUGCGGCCCCCAGCCGGCUCGGGUGGGGUGCUGUGGGUCUGGCGCCAUGGGGCAGAGCAGUGCCGGCUGCUCCCAAGAGAUACCCGGGGGCCACGGCGGUUGGCAGGACUCCUCUGCGAGACGGGACCGGCGAGAGCCCCCGUUGCCGAGGGGCUGGGGGGAGAACUGGCGAGCAAGGAGGCAGAAAGAUUUCAUUCGCCCCUGGGGGGGGCAGAGGCCGUGGGGCGAGGCGGACUCCGCCCCGCGGAAGGCGGGGCAGUGGGGCCCAGGGAGAGCCCAGGGCUCGGAUUAUGCAGCCAGGAAGCGGAGCCAAGAUGGCUGCUCGUGGGAUGCCGCUGGGGCGAAGAGAUGGUCUGAUGGGGGGGCGAAGAGAUGGGGGUCCGGCGCAGGGGAAACCGAGGCAGCCAAAGCCACCAGGGAAGACUGGGAGGCAGAUUACGGGGUAUCCGGCGCCCGAGGGGGCAUCUUGGAGAAAGCCAGGUCUUCCCAGCCCAACCUCCCAGCUUCCCAGGAAGGAGAAGACUGGGAAAAGGAGUAUGAGGAGUCCCCCAAAUCGGCCCCAGGGGUUUCCCCUUGUCCACAAGUGGCUUCGAAGGUUCAACCGGCCUCCCUCCAGGAGAGGACAACGCCCCGCCCAGCGAGCAAGGAUAGCUUCUUCUCCAGCUAUCUCCAGAACCUCUUCUCCGACCUGCGGGAGGGGUCCAGCGCCGUCUCGGAGCCGCGCCGGGGGAGAGGGCCCCCUGGAGGCGCCGCCGAACGUGGGACACGGCCCCCGGAAGGAGGAGGAGGCCCGAGUGGCCAGAGGCCUGCUGAGCUCGGCAAUUUCGUGGCCGGAUGCGUUGACGUCUCCAGAGCCGCCCCGGAGAACAAGGACAGUGCGUGAGCCCGGUGCCGCGGAAAGACCCCCCGCGGGGGCUGGGGCCUCACGGGUCUCCCAUGAAACUGGCCACCCAUUGCUGACGCCACCAGCCCACCGGGCUCAGCCCGAAGGCCGCAGCCCUGGGCGGGGCAAGUUCUGCCAAGGGUUGGUUUGUUAAUAACCCCGUUCUUUUUCAUCCUCCAGCGGUCUAUCCGUCCUCCUCCAUUCCUAGCCCUCUACCCAAGAUCCUCCAUUCCUAACCUGCCCCAACAAGCCUUCUAACCAAGAUCCUCCAUUCCAAAGCUCCUGUCUUUCUCUGUCCAAAGGUUUUGAUGUUGAUUUAGGUUUAAAUAUGAUCAGAAAUGGGGGCUUGCCUAAAAAGCAACAGAUGGAGCCAGAUUUCUGUUGCGUUUGUCUCUUUGAAUUUGUUACUUUCCAAGAUUUGGUUAUGAAACAAACCCAAAUCCCCUAUCUUCUACCCCAGAGUGCCAGGUCACGGGGGUUUGGUAUCAUUUUGUAACUAACUUGAACCUUUGCUUGUAUGUCCGGGUUAGAAACCGAAGCUCAAAAUUAGCCCCCCCGUAUUCUGCAAAUGAACGCUGUGGUUUGUGUCAAGUUCUUAGCAUUGAGUGGAUGCGUACACGCAGGGAUCUGCCAUGACCUGCCUCGCUUCACAAGGUCAGGGCCUAAAUUUGUGAUGUCAAAGGUCUGGAGAUUAGUCUUGGGUUUAAAAAUAUAUCUAUAUUCCGUGCAUUUUUACACACACGCCCCCGAGCUCUUACUUUGUAUCAUCACGUUUGGAAUUUCUCAAGAUUUGUGGUUUUCUUUCUAGGUUUAAAGCCACCCCAAGAGCCAGGCUGUUUGGAAGUCUCGUUAGAGUUGACCCCCCCUGACAGCGUUAAAUUGUGUUUGCAAAGAGAGUUGGAUUGUGAAUUAUUUGAACACGUUGAAGCGUUUCUCUGGGGAGAUUGAGUUUGAACUCAGCUCUCUGUGGAAGUCUGUAUUGAUUACAUGGGUGAGCCAGUCGCUGUGCUGACUACACCAGAACUCGGAGUACAGUCGAUUGAUUGCUAAAAUCUAGAUGUUAGAUAUGCAAUCGAAUUUCUCUCGGCUGUGUAGAGAUUGAAAAAGUGAAUUUCACUUGUUGCAUAUGUUGCAUGUGUCAUAUCUGCCGUAUAACUUCUGUGCAAUACAAAGGAAAAAAUGGUGAAUUUGACUUCCUGCAUUGAUGAUCGAGCAAUCAUUCGAAUCCCCCAUUUUCACCGCUGUGUAUCCCAGAGGAAUCGUAUUGCACCUAGAAUUCUGUCUUUGUGCUAGAGAUUUAUACACGGGUUUAUACAAAAUUUCAAUCUGAUUUGUUGCAUCUAAGACAUAUACAUUUGCCUGUUUAAUGUAUAUAGCCCAUGCAUAUAUGAUAGAGAGCCCCCCAAAAUUAUAUUGUCAUGAUCUACAUGCAAAAUAAUUCUCCCCAAAAUAAUGUGUCUGCCAUGUGUAGAGAUUAAAAUAGUGAAUUGGGAUGAUUGCAUCGGUAUCCCAGAGAAAUUAUAGUGCCCAGAGAACUCUCUCUUGCUAUCGAGAGGUUUAAUUUCCAUGCAACUUGUUGCACAUGUGACAUAGAGGUGCAUUAAUAGAAAUUCAGCGCUUUAAUCUAUAUUGCAUGUCCAUUGUAUCGCGUUAUCUGAUGUAUGUUGCACAGAAAUGAUGCUGUUGUGAUCUCUGACAGGCUCUGUACUUUGUAUGCUGUGGAGAGGUUAAAAAGGGGAAUUUGGCUGAUUGCACGUAUUUGUUGCAUGGUCCAUGGGAGUGCAGAUAUGCAAUUGGGCAACUUUGCCAUUUUACUAUAAAGCACAGAGAAAUUACACUGUACUUAGCAAGAAGACAAGGGCGCUCUGCAUCUCCGUAUCGUGGAGAGAAAUGAUAUCGCGUAUGUGACGUCUAUUCCAGCAGCGGCUUCUGACCCCGACGGAUGAUGCAUGAGACAGGCCUGUGUCUGAGCACCAGUGAGCGUUAUUGUGGGAUAAUCACGUGGUGUGUGUGUGUGGGGGGGAUGUUAAGAGCAGAAGAUGCUUUCACAUUCAUCCUUAGAAUCCGAGAGGCAAAGUGUUCCCCUUUGGUUAUGGGGCUUGGGGGUCAUUAAGUCCCUGGUUUAUUUUUUUUUUUUUAAGGGAUCAUUAGCACGGUCCGUGUGUUUUACCUCAAGAAAUAGCCCCCGAUCUUCUGGGGUGUUGUGUCUUGAAAGGGGACCGAGAUGGGAUCCCUCAGGACGGGAGUCUAGGACCGGAAGCCAGGGCCCCCCAGCGGGUGCGGUGGCCGGGACUCGAAUUGGACCCCGGAGAGCGGCCCCCCGGGCGGCUUCAGAAUAACUGUCAUUUAAUGCAGCCUAGGACACGCUGGCGUCGGCUGAGUUCUCUGCGGUUGUGAAUAAAGGUGUUGUUUGUGUUUGGGCUGUGUUGGGUUUUCAGUGAGUCGAUAUUGCUGAACUUUGCUUGGAAAGUUAGAGGAUCAGGGAAUGGGACACGGGGCCUUUCCCUUCUAGGGGGUGCCGGCUCUCAUCUGGCCCCAGGCCGGGGGACUGGCUUCAGAGGUGCCAGGAAUGAAAGGAAAAUCUGCCCCUGCUUUCAGUGGGCCAG